CACUGACACAGUCAGAGAGGGCGCCAUUCAACAUGGCGGAAAAGGCAGACGACGUUUCCGACGCACCGAAGUUGUCUGAAAUUUUCGAAGAUUCUUGGCGAAUUCAGCAAGAGCUUGAAAUUUCUGAUGAACCAACAAAUUCUAAGUCUUAUCAGGAUGCACUGCACAAGGCCAUCAAGAUGUCGGAGCAAGCCACAGUCAUGGUCAGCCAAUUGAACCUGUUCAGCUCUAACGAAGAACUGGAAGAAUUGCCAACCACAGAUAUACGAUACUUACUUCUGCCAGCGUUACUAGGCAGCCUCACCCUCAAGCUGACAGGGGAAGACAGACUAGCAGUGGUGGAACGCAGCAAGACGUAUUUCAAAGACUUCCUCCGACGAUGCAGACAGUAUGGUGUGACUGAAGAGGAGAUUCCAGAGGACCAGGAGGCCAGGUCACAACCCCCGAGCGGUCGGCCUGACCUGAGAGCCAUGCAGGCCAACCGAGAGGACAAGAUACGCCGCUACAAGCAAGCCAAGGAAAUGGAGAGGAAAAUGCAGGCAUUAGGCACUCCAUCUCAGAUGAAAGACAAACCUGAAGAUGUACAGAGAGAAUUCUACAUCCUGAGCUUGAAGAAGUGGGUCAGCACGGCCCUGGAGGAGUUGGCUGGUGUCCAGCAGGAGAUGGAGAUACUACAGCAUAUGGCUAAGAUGAAGUCAAGACAAAAAGAGCAGGGCGCCAACGCAGAACCCAAACCGCCAAAAGAGAAACCGAGACAGCCGAUGAAGCCCUUUAUUCUGACGAGGGAUGCAAUACAGGCCCAGGUGUUUGGUGCUGGCUACCCUAGCGUACCAACAAUGACCUUAGAGGAAUUCUACCAAAAGGAAAUAGCCGAGGGAAAGAUACUCCCUAACUCACAGAACCCAACUCCAGCCAGCCAGAGGGAGGAGGCAGAACGGAGAGAACGAGAGAAGGAGGAAGCUGUUGACAGAGACGACCCAGAGGCUCUCAGGAAAGCCAGGGAAUUGGACGAGUUUAAAGACACUCAUAAACGUGGCUGCGGAAAUCGAGAGAACAUGGGUUGAAGUGCGUCAGCUGUGCAGAUUGGUCGACCGUCAGCAUUGGUUUCUAUCAUUUACGCAAGUCCAGCCAAAGCUAGUUGCCCAAAGGACUUCAGAGGCAAUCAGCAUCUCUCAAUUGCCAUUAUUUCGGAUGGGCAUCCCUUCAAAGGCUGGCUAUUUGUUAAAAAUGUGUCCGUGGACAAGUGCUGUUUCAACGGGAAGUAUCAGAUGAAACUUGCACUGAACAUUUGAGGCAUCGAGGCUUCAGUCCUUUUGUGGCGCUGUAGUGUCACAAGGAACUAAAAUCUGUGGUUUUUUUUCAUCCGAGUUGUACACUUCGGUGCUUGAAAACGGCUGUUGACGAGUCCAAUGAUCAGGACAGCAGGAAUGAUAAAAUUGCCAUAUCAUGUUAGUCUUCUUGCAAUUCUUUAUGCAAAACAUUGCUAUCAUUGUGCAUAAGUGUUUUAUUUAAGUCGGCUGGUAUGUUUUGCAAAUUUCUUCAAGCAGUCUCAAUCAUGUUUAAUAAAUUUUAAAAAAUACCAUGUUAUUACCUUUCUUUUGAAAGCCAAUUCUUCCUGGCGAUUUUUGUGAUUGUUUUCAUUGAACCCUGUCAAAAGGUAGUGGAAUGGCUGAAAAUGAUCGUCAUUGCUAAUUGGUGUGUUCGAAAGACUCCAUAACCAAUAUCACUUGAAAAUAUUAUAGUAGGAUAAUGAAAGGCGAUUUAACCCAUUUGUUGGGUUCAAUACAACAUCUCUUUCUGGGCGUCACACAGGAUUUAAACUAUGGUAGACAGUACCCUGCUGUUGCUUCAUGUUUGAAGCAAUAGUGGAUAUAGUUUGACCUUCGUAAAUUAUGUGAUUGAAAGAAGAAAACACAGGCUGCAGACAAAACUACAUUUGUCAUGUCACAUUUUAUUCACUUUUGUUUUAAUAUCUGUCUGACAUUUUCACGGCUCCUCACAUGGGAAAAAAAUGUACAUGUGUAAUUUAUUCAUUGCAUACGGUAUAACCUAUUACAUGUACUACUUAAUAAAUAAAUGGGAUAAAGUGCAACCCAAACAAAAAUUA